AUGAUGACCAUGGUGUUUGCAGUGGAGGAAAUUAAUCGUGAUUCAAGCCUGUUACCAGGUGUUAAACUGGGCUACCGGAUCAUGGACAGCUGUGACCAUGUCCACACCAGCAUGCAAGCUCUUUUUUCCUUAAUCAGCCACUCCAAAGAAAAUGUGACAGAGGAGAGAAUGGAUAUGAAUAUACCAUCUGAGACUUUGCCCUCAUGUCUGACUGGUUCUCCUGUGCCUGCUGUGAUUGGUCUUGCAUCCUCUUCCCCUACAAGAGCUGUAGCUCACACUCUUACCCCUUUCAACAUCCCACUGGUGAGUUAUUUUGCCACUUGUACCUGUCUGACUGACAAACAUGUGUACCCAUCAUUCUUGCGGACUGUGCCGAGUGAUCUCUUUCAAGUUAGAGGCCUGGUGCAGUUGGUCACUUUCUUAGACUGGCUCUGGGUGGGAACAAUAGGGACCACAGAUGACUACAGUCAGUAUGGCAUCCAAGCUUUCUCUAAUCAGUUUAGACAGCAAGGUGGGUGUGUGGCAUUUCAUCUGACUAUCCCCAAAUCACCCACAGCAGCUCAGGUACGAGAAAUGGCAGACAGGCUGCAGAGUUCAACUGCACAGGUCAUGGUGGUCUUUGCCACAGAGGGACAGCUCCUGGAUCUGCUCUUAGAGGGCACGCUGGGCUUCUCCUUCCCUGGAGUCAGAAUCCCGGGCUUGAAAGAGUUCUUGUUGAACGUGCGCCCCUCUCCCGAACCAGGGAUGGAAUUUGUCAACAUGUUCUGGGAAGAGCUGUUUGACUGUAGGCUAGACUUUGGAGGAAACAGGUCCGAAGAAAAUGAAGCACAUACUCCUGUAUGCACAGGUUCAGAGGAUCUGAGGUACACUGACAGCAGUUAUACUGAUGUAUCUCAGGUCAGAAUAUCCUACAAUGUGUACAAAGCUGUAUAUGCCAUCGCCCAUGCACUGCACGAUUUACUGAACUGUGAUUCUGCAGAACUUAAGAAGGGAAUGUGUGAGAAACGGAAAUCAUUCACUUCUAGGCAGUUGCUGGAUCAUCUAAAGACAGUAAAUUUCACUAACCAGUUUGGGGAGAAGGUAUAUUUUGACUCCAACGGAGAGCCGGUCCCUCUGUAUGACAUCAUUAACUGGCAGAAGGACAUCAAGGGUGAAAUUAGAUUUAUCAAAGUGGGAAGCUAUGAUGGUUCGGCUCCACUGGGACAGCAGUUGCAGAUGGAACAGAGCACCAUUGUAUGGACAAAAGGCCAGUCACAGGUGCCUGUAUCUCAGUGCAGUGCUCCAUGCCCCUCUGGUAGCAGGCAGGCCAGACGUCCACGAGAGCCUCACUGCUGCUUUGAUUGUUUGCCCUGCGCCGAUGGAGAGAUCAGCAACCAGACUGGUUCCACUGAGUGCACUAAAUGUCCUGAAUUUUACUGGUCAGACAAAGACAAGGUGAAGUGUAUUGCCGGGGUUGAGGAAUUCCUGUCUUUCUUCGACACCAUGGGCAUCAUCCUGGUCAUACUCACCCUGCUGGGUGUUGUCCUGACAACCAUCAUCACCACUGUCUUUCACCGUUUCCGCUUUACACCCAUCGUCAAGGCCAACAACUCAGAAAUAAGUUUCUUACUUCUCCUGUCACUCAAGCUCUGCUUCUUGUGUUCCCUGGUGUUCAUUGGCCGGCCGUCUGCGUGGACAUGCAGGCUCCGCCAGGCAGCAUUUGGGAUCAGCUUUGUCCUCUGUCUGUCCUGCCUCCUUGUUAAGACCAUUGUAGUUCUCUUGGCUUUCCAGUCAAAUGUACCUGGUUCCAGGGCUCUGAAGUUGUUUGGGCCGUCUCAGCAGAGGACUCUCAUCCUCUGCACUACAGCUCCUCAGGUUUGUCUCUGUGCUGGUUGGUUGUUGGGCGCACCUCCCUUCCCAUUCAGGAACCCGACCUAUCAAGCCACAACUGGAAAAAUUGUUGUGGAGUGUAAGGAGCCAUGGCCUCCUGGAUUUUACCUGGUCCUGGGCUACAUCGGCCUACUGGCCUUCCUCUGCCUCCUCCUGGCGUUCCUCGGACGCAAGCUACCUGAUACGUUCAAUGAGGCGAAGCUCAUCACUUUCAGCAUGCUGAUCUUUUGGGCCGUGUGGAUCUCUUUCAUCCCAGCUCAUGUCAGCUCCCCUGGGAAGUUCACUGUGGCUGUGGAAAUAUUUGCAAUAUUAGCCUCCAGUUUUGGACUGUUAUUGUGUAUUUUUGUGCCCAAAUGUUACAUAAUCUUACUGCGGCCUGAAAGAAACAUUAAGAAAGGCAUGACUGGAAACCAUUUCAUGAUGUUGGCCCCUGGCCUGGUAGCAGUGAAAGCAGCCAACACCACCAGUGUCUUCCCCAGGAUGCAGGAGAUGCAAAGUGAAAAUGUGAUGCUAAAGGCAGUGUGGCGCAGCAUGCAGGACCAAGAUGUUGGCUUUCCAAUGAAAACCAGAGAACACAGGAAACACAGACUCCUCGCCAACAGGCUUGGUUCCGUCAAACAACCCCACGUUGACAAAUUCAAUGUUCCCGCCUGUGCCUCUCUGCCAGUUGAUGAUAUCAUAAUAGGGUAUGGAGUCACCCUUCAGGUCAAAGUCCACCUCCUCCCCGUCAAUGUUAAAUGUCACUUCCUGGAGGUAGUCGCUGAGUUUGGAGAUAUGACCUUUUCUGAUGCCAAACCCAAUGGUUCCCCCCAGGCCAGUGGCACAUCUAGAUCAACUGCUGCUCUGGAUAAUUGUGUUUUCUUGGGGGAAGAGGAGGAAAACAGUGUGUAUGAAGAUGGAGAUGUAGUUAUAGGGGGCUUAUUCCCUCUACACUACAGCCCUGUGUAUUCUCUUCCAACAUACGAAACACAACCGAUCCCUAAUAUGUAUAAUUUCAGUGCUCGUGCCUUGCGAUGGAUUCAGACCAUGAUUUUUGCAAUCAAGGAGAUUAACCAACGCAGUGACCUCCUGCCACAGCUCAAACUGGGUUUCCAUAUCCGUGACAGCUGUGAUGACAUACCCGUGUCUCUGAGAGCACUGUUGCUGUUGGUGAAUGGCCAGCCAGAAAGAGGCCCUGGAGCUGAGAGUGUGAACAGGGACAAAGGUGUAGAAAGAAACAUUAAUGGUUCUAAUUUAAUCUGUGCUGCCGUACACAGGACUGUGUCCCCAGUUAUCAUAGGAGAUGCUGGCUCUGGGGUUUCUAUGGCUCUGCUAAGAAGCCUGGGUUCUUUCCACAUCCCACUGGUGAGCUAUUUCGCAUCCUGCAGCUGUCUGAGUAACCAAAGGGAGUUCCCCACCUUCAUGCGCACAAUGCCUAGUGAUGCCUUCCAGAUCAGAGCCCUGGCCCGGCUGGUUAGCUAUUUCGGCUGGACCUGGGUGGGACUCACUGGUGUGGAAUCUGAUUACGCUCGCUUUGCCAUCCAGCUCUUCCUCCAGGAGUCAGUGCAGUACGGUGUUUGUGCUGCCUACACUCACUUCUACCCUGUAGCCCUGAGUCAGCCGGCUCUAGAUGAGCUUCUGGAUGUUGUUCAGAUGGCGUCAUCAAAGGUCAUCAUCAACUUUUCUGGUGAGUCAGAGAUGCAGGGCAUUCUGAGAGAGAUAAGACGUCGGAAUAUAACCGGCCUGCAGUGGAUCGCCAGUGAGGCCUGGGCCACUGCCACAUUGCUCUGGGAAAAGUUUGGGGAUCUCCUGAUGGGAACACUAGGAUUUGCUAUCCGGAGAGCUGAUGUGAUUCCAGGGCUGGAGCAACAUCUCACCAGUCUCAGACCGUCCAAUAUUCAUGAAUCCGCUUUCUUGGCAGAAUUUUGGGAGGAGACCUUUAACUGUCGACUGAACGGGUCAGUGAACAACCACUCCCACGGGGUCGACAACUACCAUGACAGAUUGCCAUGUAAAGGCACAGAGAAUUUAGAGGAUGUUUACUCUCCUUAUUCUGAUGUGACACAGCUACGAGUGUCCUAUAAUGUCUACAAGGCUGUGUAUCUGGUGGCCCAUGCCUUGCAAGAUAUGAGUUACUGCAAAGUUGGAAAGGGCCCUUUCCUUAAUAGCACCUGUGCAGACCCUAAACAUUUUAAACCAUGGCAGCUCAUCCACUACAUGAAGCGUGCUAAUUUCUCUGCACUGGGGGCGAAAGUCAACUUUGAUCAAAACGGUGACCCCAUUGCUUAUUAUGAUCUAAUGAACUGGCAGAGGAGUCCUGACGGCUCACUACAUUUAGUUAAAGUAGGUUUCUAUGAUGCCUCAUCGCCUGCUGGAUACAGCCUGGUCAUAAACGAUUCAAUGAUUCAGUGGCCUGUUGGGAAGCAGGCUUCCCGGUCUGUAUGCAGUGAUAGCUGUCCUCCAGGUUCACGCAUCGCUAGGAGAAAAGGGGAACCCAUCUGCUGUUUCGACUGUGUCCCCUGUGCUGAGGGAGAAGUCAGUAAUAAGACUGAUUCUUUAGAGUGCUCCCGCUGCUCAGAGGACACAUGGCCCAAUGAAGUCAGAGACCACUGCAUCCCAAAGACUAUUGAGUACCUAUCCUACCAUGAGUUAAUGGGUAUGGUGCUUUGUGUUGUAUGUGUCCUCGGAGCUUGUAUUUCCCUCUCCAUCCUCGCCAUAUUCUUCACAUAUAGAGACACACCCCUGGUUCGGGCCAACAACAUGGAACUGAGCUUUCUCCUCAUGGUGUUCCUUUCUGUCUGUUUCCUUGUUGGCCUGCUGUUCAUUGGUGAGCCUUCAGACUGGCUUUGCCGUAUCAGGUACCCCGCAUUCGGGAUCAGUUUUGCCCUCUGCAUUUCAUGCCUCCUGGCUAAGACAGUAGUGGUCCUAAUGGCUUUCAGGUCCACAUUGCCAGGAAGUAAUGUCAUGAAGUGGUUUGGACCCAGUCAGCAGAGAGCCAGUGUACUUUUAGGAACAGCUGUACAGGUAAUCAUAUGUCUUAUCUGGCUGCUCACCAGCCCACCUCAUGCCAACAACAACACAGAUUACCACAGUGCUAUCAUCAUCAUCGAGUGUGUCACUGGUUCAGAGGUUGGCUUCUGGUGUGUUCUUGGAUACAUUGGCAUCCUGGCUUGCAUGUGCUUCCUAAUGGCUUUUCUGGCUCGGAAGCUCCCUGAUAAUUUCAAUGAGGCAAAGUUCAUCACCUUCAGCAUGUUGAUAUUCUUUGCAGUGUGGAUUACUUUUAUCCCAGUUUAUGUGAGCACAGCUGGAAAAUACACAGUGGCUGUUCAUAUUUUUGCUAUUUUAGCUUCAGCAUUUGGACUUCUUUUUUGCAUUUUUGCUCCAAAGUGCUAUAUCAUAAUGCUGAAACCAGAAAAAAACAGCAAGAAAAACAUGAUGCAAAGGUGA